AUUUUUUGCUACAUUCAAGGUUAGGCAUCUUGUACCAUUCUCUAUUUAAUGGCCAGCAAGUUUCAAUUUUGAAGCAAACCCUUUUUCAGUCACUAUCUGAACCAAGAAAAAAUGUCUAGAAUCAUGAAAGAACAAAUGUCUCCCUUUGGUGAAGAUGUUAACUAUGAUAGAGCCAAAGAAGUUAAAGAAUUUGAUGAAUCUAAAACUGGAGUGAAAGGACUACUAGACUCUGGAAUUACCAAGCUUCCAAGAUUCUUUAUCCAUCCAAAAGAGUCUCUUCCAAAGCACGAUGCAACUUCUUCAUGCUUAUUUCAUGUUCCUGUGAUAGAUUUCACAGGAUAUGAAGAGUGUAGGAGGUUAGAGAUACUUAAUGAGAUUAAGGAAGCAUCAGAAACAUGGGGUUUCUUUCAAAUGGUGAAUCAUUGUGUUCCAGUUUGUGUUAUGGAUGACAUGUUAAAGGCUAUAAAAGAGUUUCAUGAGCAACCUAGUGAGGUGAAGAAAGAGUGGUAUUCACGUGAUCAUAAGGUGAAAGUUAGAUACUUUAGUAAUGGUGAUCUUCUUGUUGCUAAAGCAGCUAAUUGGAGGGAUACCAUUAUUUUUGACUUCCAUGAUGGUCCUCUUGAUCCACAAGCAUAUCCCCUAGUGUGCAGGGAAGCAGUGAUAAAAUACAUGAAACAUAUUCUAAAACUAAAGGAAAUAUUAUCAGAAUUAAUGUCGGAAGCAUUAGGGCUAAAAAGGGACUAUCUUGCAAAUAUAGAGUGCAUGAAAAGUGAAACAGUAGUGUGUCACUAUUACCCUACGUGUCCUGAACCAGAACUGACAUUUGGUGCCACAAAGCAUUCAGAUCCAUCAUCCCUCACAAUUCUCCUCCAAGAUACCAUUGGUGGCCUACAAGUUCUCCAUCAAAAUCAUUGGGUUGAUAUUAACCCAAUUCAUGGUGCAUUAGUGGCAAACAUUGGUGACUUCAUGCAGCUUAUCAGCAAUGACAAGUUCAAAAGUGUUGAGCAUAGAGUACUUGCUGGAAGUGUUGGUCCAAGGGCAUCAGUUGCUUGCCACGUGUACCCCAAUGCAAGUAAAAAAUAUAGACCUAUAGAGGAGUUCACAUCUGAUGAAAAUCCACCAAAAUACAGGGAAACAGAUAUUACCGAAUAUCUUACUCUCUUUAGGUCUAAAGGGCUUGAUGGAUGUAAAGCUCUCCCUUAUUUUAGGCUAUAACAUUAACAUGAGUGGUAAUAGUAUUUAACUAUGUAUAAUAAGGAGUGUUACUUUCUUAAUCAAUAAUAAAAAUGAAAAAUCCCUUAUGUUUUAGAAAAUGUGCAUUCAACUAUGCUAGUAUACAUCGAGACCGCACAAAUUUGAUAGUUUUUCUGAAUGCAUACAUCUGAAUGAGGAAUGCUAGCAACGCUGUUUUUUCAACACUCCCUCUAAUAUUCAUUUUUUUAAUGGAUGAAAUCAAUGUAUGUAGAUUCAUUUCUAAAGUGUAGAACCCACAUUGAUUUAACCUAAUAAGAAGCGAAUAUUUGAGAUAGUGUUCGAAAGAGAGUGUUGCUAACACUACUCUGCAUUAAAAUUAAUGUCUGCAUUCAGGCCGCCCAAACUUGAUAGUUUUUCUUGAUGCAUAAGUCCAGACUAAUGUUGAGGAUGAGAAAAGUAGUGCCUUAAUAAAGAGACAAAAUAUAUGUUGCACAGGUCUCCUCCACCAUUGAAUACUCAACAGAGCUUGGUUGUGGUAACUAGUACUAGUAGUAGGACUGAAACAUAAUGUGUCUCAUUAGCUCUGGUCAUGUCAGUCCUAUAUUUUAACUUACUAGAUUUUAAAUUCAUGCAAUCUAUCCAAUUUUUUGUUUUGAUUCA